AUGGCCAUGAUUGCCCGGCUCUUGACGAGUCGCUCCCACAGUGCCAUUGCACGGCUGCAAACCGCCGCCGCGGCUGUCUGCGAAGAUUCGCCGGAUGUAUCGCUAGCUGCGUGUGGCCAGAGCGUCUGCAGCGAGACUUCGAUGGCUAACACGAGGACUGCCCAACUUAGCAACCAGCGCGCAAAGAACCAAUUCCGGCCCCGCGUCGGCAAGGGCGGUGCUACCAGCUACCAGCUGCGCCAGUACGCCGAAGUGACCCUUGGUGGAGGCAGCCUCCGCAAGGUGGUCAAGCUUCCCGAGGGCGAAGACGAGAAUGAGUGGCUUGCGGUCAACAUGGUCGACUUUUACAACCAGAUCAACCUGCUCUAUGGAGCUAUCACCGAGUUCUGCUCCCCGCAGUCGUGCCCGGAGAUGAAGGCUACUGACGAAUUCGAAUACCUCUGGCAAGACAACGACAACUAUAAGAAGCCCACAAAGAUGGCGGCACCUGCAUAUAUUGAGCAGUUGAUGACCUGGGUACAGGCGAAUAUUGACAACGAACAGGUGCUGCCGAGCAAAAUUGGCGUUCCGUUCCCCAAGUCGUUCCCAGCCCUCGUCCGCCAAAUCUUCAAGCGCAUGUACCGUGUUUACGCACAUAUUUACUGCCACCACUACCCAGUCAUUCGCGAACUCGGCCUCGAGCCACAUCUCAACACAAGCUUCAAGCAAUACGUCCUCUUUAUCGACGAGCACAGCCUCGCCAGCGGCCGCGACUACUGGGGUCCACUAGGAGACUUGGUUGACAGCAUGCUGAAGAGCGAUUAG